UGAUUGUGUCAUUUCCUCCAAGAAUCCUACUUCCCUGUUUUUGUAUCAGCUAGGAAAAAAUGUCGGCGGCAUGCUUGUAGGUAUACUGUACAUCAUGUUGAGAGUUUAGGUGCUUUCUGAGCGAUCGUCAUGGCGGAGAACGACAGAGAAAUAACUGACUGCCUUGCAGAAGAAGAAAAUGCAAGUCGGGUUUAUGCAAGUACUCAUUCCCAUUUGGAGUCUCUCACUCCUUCGGACCGGGACGGAAACAGCACGCAGUCAUCCCACCGUCUUCUUGCUUAUAGUGAUGCGCUUCUUUCUAUUAUAGCAACGGUUAUGAUAUUACCUGUUGCACAUACUAAAGUUCAAGAUGAUGAGGAAUUGAAUGAGAGUUUGCAGCAACUUCUUACUACAAAGAUUGCUGUUUACCUGAUGACAUUUUUGAUCGUCACAGUUGCAUGGACAGCGCAUAUCAGAUUGUUUCAGGUAAUUGAACAAAUUGACGACUGCCUGGCGCUGUUGAAUCUAGCAUGCAUGAUGCUGAUAACCUUUCUUCCAUACACAUUUUCCUUGAUGGCGACCUUCCCAGAGAAGACCUUGGGAAUCCUGCUCUUCUGCACCUGUGUCAUCGUCAUCGGCAUGAUCCAGGCUAUGAUCGUGGUGUAUGGAUUCAGCCGUCCCUUCCUCCUGAACGAGCAGAUCCAGUUAUCUGACAAUCGGCCAUUUUAUAAGUGGCACAUCCUCAGGGUCAUCUCGAAAGUGCCCGCCCUGUGCUUGUUCGCCAUUGUCUUUUCCUUCAUCUUCACUCCUGUGUCAUAUAUCUUGUUGGCCAUUGUCAUAUUCCUUCCCUACAUCUCUCAAACUGCGAGAUGGUGUUAUGGCAAAGCCACCGGUCGGCUGGAGCAGCCGGUAGACUCUGUGCUGUUCUACAGCUACCACCCCAACGAGCCGCUCAGUAAAGAUCGAGUAGAGGCUUUCAGUGACGGGGUCUAUGCCAUCGUGGCCACUCUCCUCAUUCUAGACAUAUGUGAGGACAACGUCCCGGACCCUAAGGAGGUGCAGGACAGGUUCGGGGGGAACCUGGUGGAGGCGCUGAAGGGCUUCGGCCCGGAGUUCCUGGCCUACUUCGGCUCCUUCGCCACGGUGGGGCUGCUGUGGUUCGUGCACCACUCCCUCUUCCUCCACGUCACCCGGGCCACCAGGCUCAUGGGGCUGCUGAACACCUUCUCCCUGGCCUUCGUGGGCGGGCUGCCCCUAGCCUACCAGCUGACCCACAGGUUCGCCCGGAGCUCACGCAACGAGCUGGAGGCGGUGCAGAUCAGCUGCGUCAUCAUCUUCCUGGCCGGGCUGUUCCAGCUGGCCAUCUGGGUGGCGGCCCUGUUCUCCCAGAGCUCCACGCUGCACCCCUACGCGCGCUACGGCGGGCGGGAGCACGCCUUCAUGUUCGCCAAGCUGGCGCUGUACCCCUGCGUGACGCUGGGCACGUACACGCUCACCUGCAUCCACAGCCGCUUCAGCGCGUCCAUCUUCCACCUGAUGGAGGUGUCCGUGCCCCUCGCCUUCCUGCUGCUGCGGCUGGCCGUCCGGACCGCGCGCGGCCUGCUGGGGCUCCUCCUCUCCGCCGUGAGGGGCGCCAGGCGGGGAGGCGUCCCGGAGAACCAGAUCUCCCGCCGGCCGCUCGGGGAGGAGGAGACCUAGCUUGGGUUGGGCGGCGCGGUGCCGCAGUGGAUAGCGCAGUGAGAAUGUCCUGGGUUGCUAUGUGUGGAGUUUGCAUGUCCUCCCUGUGCCAGAAUGGGUGUCCUCCGGGUACUCUGGUUUCCUCCCGCAGUCCAAACACACGCAGGUUAGGCUACUUGGAGGCUCAUUAACAUUGCUGCAAAAGAAUAUCCACGCUCACUCAACUUACACAGUAUAAGAUAUACAGUUUCUAUGUGUUAGCUUGUCAGUCAAAACUUGUGUGGUCCAAUCAGAAAGCUUAGCGCUCCAUGGCUAGUCAUUUUGGGCACAUAGUGGCUCGACCCAUUUUAGGGUCCUUAAAAUCUCACUCUCAUGUGACUUGCUGAGUACUAAAUACUAAAUACUAAAUACUAAAAUGCUAGUGCUUUGAGUGGCUUGCCUUUUAAUGCCUUCUGCGUUCUGAUUGAUAAAAAAUUUUAAAAAAUGAUGGUGUUCACCUGGAUGGAAUUACUUGUAAUUAUUUAAUUUAUUUUUUUUAUGUUUAAUUUUAAUAUUUUUGGGUGUGAGCUGAAUAUGUGGAGAGGAGUAUACCUACUGGGUUAGUAAGGUAUAAGUGCAUUUAUAUCGGAGUACUUGAAUGAAAAGCUCCAUUCCCAAAUGAAAAUGCCACUUCUAUCGUUAGUUGCAGAUGGGUAUGGUAUAUAUUUUUUAAUUACUCAUUGUAAGUGCCUGUAUAUGUGCCUGUAUAUUUUCUGUAGUGACCAAUAUGAGCUUAUUUACAAGUCUGGUGUGGGAACACUCCAGUAAGAAUGUGUAAACUCACCGGAAUGUAUUUCUUAUUGUGAGCCAAGCAGGGAACUGACAAAUGAUUGCACUUCUUUUGUAAGAAAUGGUGGAGGGUAUUUUGCACUUUACAAGUUUAACAGUAAAAGUACAGUUUGAAUGCCAUAAUGUUUUGAUAACAUUUCAAAGCUGGUGCCAAUAGCAGUAAGUGUGUCCACAAGUGUAGAUUAUCAUCACCAGAUGCCUUCAGUAGAAUACACAUCUGUCCACAAUGGGGCGCUAUCACUCACAGCCCACAGACUGCAAUGGCAGUUGGGUAACAGAAUCAUUUGAUGCAAUAUUUUAUUUCUUUAAAUGUCCAUGUUUUCAUGUAACUAAAUUUACUGCCAUUUGACAUGUUAUUUGAGGAGUUGGGAAUAUUUUUCAGACCAUUAUUUUUUAUUUUAUUAAGGUUUUUUUGGAAUACAUAUGUUUUUUACACUGGAAUUUACAUACGCUUCACUCCGUGGGGAAAGAACUGUGUCGUAUUUACAUAAUAAACGCCCCGAAGCUGCUUGAGCUGGUGCCUAAACCACAGAAGAAGAAUGUGUGUUAUGUAUUUCUAACUUGUUUGCCGAGUGUAUUCUUCAUGCCAGAUGCCACAGAAUAAAUAUUACACUGGUGAAAUGCGA